GUGAGCCGUCGUGUGUACACAGACGUAUUGAUGGUCAGGCAUGGAGAACAGAGCGGACUUGUCUGCGAAAGCGGAUACCUGGAUUAAAAAACUGGCCACCACUUAAUCAGGCUCGCUGUUUUGUUUGAUAGACGUAGUUUGUUUCUUUAGUCAGAAUAAACUUUGCCUCAUUGUGCGUACAUUGUUAGUGGAUUGGGCAAGUGCGAUAACAACAGCCUUAUUUUUCUGUUGUUAGCAAGCUCUCUAGCCAUUUAGCUGGGUUAGGAUAGCUAACAGUUAGCUGGCGGAGCUUAUAUUCUAGUUUUUUUCUGUACUCCGGUGUUUAAAGUUCGCGUUUGUGUUGUUUUGUUAUAUUUUCUCUGUGAGGUUUGCUCUGUGUAAGCUGUGUUUAGCUAAUAAGCUUGGUAGCAGGUGCGUUUAGUCAAAAAGCCGUCCUUCGCAGUGUCGCACCUGGUGAAUGUAGCCCAGCGUGUCAGAUAUGCAGCACGUUAAUUUGAUCGCACGGAAGACACUUUACCGUGAACGGAAUACGAAGGGGACAGAUGAAAGCCGUUUUAUUUGACUAACGUGCUUACAAGGACAAUUAAUGGAGGUUUUGGGUUUAAACUACGCCUUGGGAUAGCAUCGAUUGUGCAGUUGUGGGGCAAUUGCAGGCGUCUGGAGAAGCUAUUUGGAGAUCUGAAUAUUCCCUGACACUGCAUGGAUUCAAUCUCGCACGUUUUGUGGAUGGGUUUUGUGGUCGUGCAAAAGCAACUGACCGAAUAAAUCUUCAGACAAGAGAAUUGCGGGCGUGAGUGAUGCAGCAGGCAUGACUGCUCUCGGAAUAAGACCAUUUUAAAACACGCCGGACCUAUGUGGCUAUAUCCAUCUGCGCUUUAAUUUAUGAUCCCACGGGGCUUCUUGCAGCCAUAGAGCCUGACGCUGCACCAUGCUGGCCUGCCUGCAGAGAAGACAGAACCAACCCCCCCAGCACCCGGUCUGUGUCGGCAAGAUCCUGGACACUCCUGUCCUCCAGAAAAGUGAUUUGAACUCCAUGCGGUCUGUGCGGUACCCUUCCGCCGCCGAGCUGGACGCCUACGCGCAGAAGACGGCCGACAGCCCGCUGUCCAUCAAGAUUUUCCCCUCCAACGUCAGGGUCCCACAGCACAAGCAGGUCAGCCGCACGGUCAAUGGUCUGGACACGACGACCCAGCGCUUCAGCCCAUACGGUCAGGCUUAUUCGGCUGGCUACCAAGGCCUGUUGGCCAUCGCCAAAGCUCCUGCCGCAACCAAGGGCGUGGUGAAGGGCUCCGAUGGCAAGAGGACUAGACUGUCGCCCAUCCAGAUGGCGGUGGCUCCGUACGCGCCGUCCAGCCACGGCGGCUUGGCCGGCCGGCACCGGCAGCGGCCGUGCGGCAUGGAGCUGUGCAAGCCUCCCGCAGCACCCAGCGUCCCGGCGCAUCCCGGUGUGGUGGCGGCGGCCUCGGUUGCGUGCCUCUCCGGUGGGCGGAGCCUGGCCCUGGCGCCGCACUCCGACCACGCUACACACAGCGUAGCGAGGCAGAUGGCCAGGGCCUCCCAUGGUCAGGGCCUGCACCUGCCAGGAGAAGCCCACUCCAGCCCCUCCCGCCAAGCAGCCACGGUAGCGGUCUGCUCGGACACCGGCUUUGGCCUGGUGGGCCCUGCCCACAGCAGCCUGGCCUACUCUGGGGCAGUGCUCCCCGCACAGCCCGCAGACAUGGCCAAAGCAUCGGGGUAUAUAGAUGGUCUGGAUUACACACUAUGGCAGCCCAAGCAUCAGAGGCAUCCGCAGGAGCAGAAGCAACAUUACCAGCAGGGCGCCACCCUGCGCGUGUACGGAGCCAGCGCUGGAGGCAGGGCUGCCGUCAGCGCCUCACCGGACCUCUGCCUCCCGGCAGGGACCACCCAGCUUGCCUACAGAGGCCACACCUUCAGCGGCGGGACGGGGGCUGUGCUGGACAAACUCAGCACCUCACCACUGAACUGCGUGGCGGCGCACGGCGAGAUCUCGGUCAGCCACUUUUUCCCGCCUGCCUGGAACGGCGUGCUCGCCACACCCGAUGGCGACUGUUACAACCCGCAGGAGCUGCCCCUGGGCUCUGUGGGCCUGGGCCCUGCCCAUGGCCACGCCCGGCAGGGCCACGCCCAUGCCGCGCCCCCUCCUCCCUACGUGGGCCCGUGCUGUGGGCUGCCCGGCCGGGGUUUGUGCCAGGCGUCUCUUCUCAGCAGCAGCCUGCAGUCUCUGGAGUGCCUGAUCAGCGAGAUCCAUCCACCCUGCAUCAAAGAGCGCAUGCUGGGGCGAGGCUACGACGCUACGGCUGUGCCCCGCUCACUCGACCACCAACCUCUGCACAUCCAGCUGCCCGUGUUCAGAUAGGGGCAUCAGGUACGCUGGCCUGGGGAGGGUCAGAAGUGGACUGUGCGGAUUGGGAGAAGGGGGAUAUAUUAAUGUCAGACAUGCCUUUUAGCAGAUGCGUGCCAUUGGUUCAAGGGCUCAGUGAGUCUCUACAGAGUAUAAAGGCUAACUGCCAUCUUGACCGGCUGGAAAGGUCACCGAGUUGCAGUUUAACCUGUGUUAACUGGACUGAAGAAGUACUCAGAUAUAUACUCAGAUACUGUUUAGCACCAACAGGGAUUUCGUGUUAUUGUACCAUUACUGCUGACUGAAAUUAAUCUGAAAAUAAAAAAAACAAACAAAAAAAACUUUUCAGAUUAGCUGCCAAAUACAUAACAGGAAGCCCACUAGUUACAAGACAUUGUGACAACUUCAGGUCUGUACUGUUUACUUCAAAACCAUAACUGAUGAAAACAAACAAUACAUAUAGUGAACCCCUGGUGACAGAUAUGUGUAAAGCCCUGUUAAAUAGUACUAAAUCAUAAUAGUUAUGAUUUUUUCUAAUUGCACUGUUAUAAAGACUAUGAUGAUUUCUCUGGCAUGGGUUGGUUCUAGGAACAUUUCACCUAAAAAGAAAACUUGAACUUUUUUUUCCUGUAUUAUGCUUGUGUUAAUCUAUAAACAGGCAUAUUUCUAAAAUUCUAGUUGUUUCAUCUAUGUUUGUGACCGAUGCUUUUCAUGUCACAGUUUUAUCCCACUUCUCACAUCUCCAGUCAGAAUAUGGUUUGGCACCUGGUUCUGGCAAGUUGAUGACUAGUUGAUUGUUGUCUACUAUAGCCAGUCCAGUGUUUUUUCUUUUGUUUAAUUUAAUGGGCCUUAUUAAUGGACUGGGAACAUGGUUAAGCAUCCACUACUGUACUGGCUCCAUCAGUGACCUGAUGUUAAGCCCCAAAUGCAUUACUGUGAAGUCUUAAGAGAGCUGCAGGUGUAUUUCUCCAUCAGUGAUCUGCAUAUUUUGUUCAUUAUUAUUUAUUGAAGUUUGAAUUUCUGUAACGUGUUAGAAGGUACUACUUGGUAUCUGCGGUUCAGAUACAUGGAUGGUUUUGUCAUGUGAUUUCUGUUGGCUUUCAUCACUGUCAAAGUGGAAUCCUUGGAAGGAGUAUUUGAACUGAAUGGCACACAGUGGGCUGGAUGUUUUAAAAAGUGCAAUUAUGAGGUUGGCAGAUGAGCCCUUUUCCCUCCUUAUACUUCAGUGAUUCUAUUUACUACUGUAUGUAUGACUGUCUGAAAUCUCCUCCACAGUUAUGAUUGUCAAAUAAAUCUAAUUUAGGGAUGUUUUUCUAAA